CGGCAUUAGUUUAAAGCGCACUGCGCAUGCACGCCCUUCCCUACACUGCUUUGUGCGCGCGUGUGUGAGUGUGUCAAUGGGUCGAGGUGGAAGAUAAAGAACCAAAACACACACUCUGACUCUUUAAAUCAGGUUCCAGUAAAACCCAGAUCACUUCACGGACCCUUUAAACAUCCUGAAAUCACCAGACCGGAAGUGAGGGACUCUGUGGAAACCGGUAGUUUUGGUCAAGAGGAUUCUGGAGCUUCCUUCCCACACGGGCUUCGACACUUUGAUACUCUGCGUAACAUCACUAAAGUGUCCUGAUUCUUUACACCUCUUAUAAUGAAUGAGUCCAGACGCCACUUUUCAGGAAAAUCUCCACAGACUCCUGCUGCUACUGGCUCAAAGAUGUACCACUGCUCAGACUGUGGGAAGAGUUUUACUAAAAGUCAUCAUCUCAAAGAUCACGAGCGGAUCCACACAGGAGAGAAGCCGUAUCGCUGUGGACAGUGUGGGAAGAGUUUUACUCGUCAGCGUAAUCUCCAACAGCAUAAGCACAUCCACACAGGACAGAAGCCGCAUCACUGUGGACAGUGUGGGAAAAGUUUUACUUGCCAGCGUAAUCUCCAAAUACACGAACGGAUCCACACAGGAGAGAAGCCCUAUCACUGUGGACAAUGUGGGAAGACUUUUACCCAACUAUGUAUUCUCCAACAGCAUGAGCGCACUCACACAGGAGAGAAGCCGUAUCACUGUGGACAGUGCGGGAAAAGUUUUACUCGUCAGCUUAAUCUCCAAAUACACCAGCGGAUCCACACAGGAGAGAAGCCAUAUCACUGCUCACAGUGUGGGAAGAGUUUUACUUGCCAGCUUAAUCUCCAAAUACACGAGCGCAUUCACACAGGAGAGAAGCCGUAUUACUGUGGACAGUGUGGGAAGAGUUUUACCCAACUGUCUAAUCUCGAACAACACAAGCGCAUUCACACAGGAGAGAAGCCGUAUCACUGCUCACAGUGUGGGAAGAGUUUUACUUGCCAGCGUAAUCUCCAAAUACACGAGCGCAUUCACACAGGAGAGAAGCCACAUUACUGUGGACAGUGCGGGAAGAGUUUUACUCAUCAGAGUACUCUACAACGACACCACCGUAUCCACACGGGAGAGAAGCCGUAUCACUGCUCACAGUGUGGGAAGAGUUUUACCCAGUUAUGUAAUCUCCAACGACACCAGCGUGUCCACACAGAACAGAAGCCGUAUUAUUUUUUCGAUUAAUCCGAUGGGGGAAGGGGUGUCAAACUUUCAGUACUAUUAUUUCAUUUAUUUAAAAUAAAAAACAAAAACUGAGUUACAAAUAUUCAAACUUCAUAAUAUAAUAUAAACUUCAGAAUAUUAUAUAUAUUACAGUUGCUAUCAGAAUGAUUCAACCCCCAUUACAAAUCAGGUUUAUUGUCAGAAUUUACAGACUUUCAGCUGUUUGCGAUGAACAAAUCAAACAAAAGCAAUUAAAAUAGUUCAACACAACAAAUGCUUCAAGUGGUUUCCCCAAAUUCAACUGAAAAUGCAAUUUAUAAUGACUUCUCCAGUCUCAAAAUUAUUCAACCCCUUCAUGGCAAGCAUCUUUAGAACUUAGUAAAGCACCCAUUUGCUGUUAUGACCUGCUGCAAAUGAGAUGCAUAGCCAUACACCAGCUUCUGGUAGCGUUCCUGAGGAAUCUUAUCCAAUUCCUCAUGAGCAGUGGCCUCCAGUUCAGUAAUAUUUUGGGGUUUGGUGCUGCAACCGCCUUCUUCAAAUCCCACCAGAGAUUCUUGGGGUUCAAGUCAAGUGACUGUGAUGGCCCUGUAGAAUCUUCCAGAACUUCUUUUGAUGGCUUCCUAGUUUCUACCCCUAUCCAGUUCAGGUAUUUCAUGUGUUCCAGCUCAAGCACAUCUGGUGCAACUAAUGAAGCCCUUGAUGAGUUUAGCAUCAGGUGUGCUUGACACAAUACCUGUUUUGCAUAUUUGUGCUGUUGUGAGGGAUCCUAUUCAGGGGGUUGAAUAAUGGUGAGGCUGGAGAAAUCAUUAUAAGUUGCAUUUUCAGUUGA